AUGGUUGAAAUUGUUAGAUUAUUUGCUAGACCACUUCCCAUUGAUCAAGUUACUCUAAAGGCCACUGCCAUAAAUUUAAUUGGGGCUGGAAGGCCUUAUAUGAGAGCAUUCCAUUUUUCAUGGCUUUCUUUUAUGGUUGCUUUCUUUGGUUGGUUCGCCAUUGCUCCCUUAAUGCCUUCAAUUAAAGAUAGUCUAAAAUUAUCUAAAGAAAAUCGUAAUGACAGUAAUACCAUAUCAGUAUCAUCCACAAUUCUUUUCCGUGUUGUUGCCGGUCUCCUGUGUGAUCGUUUGGGUCCAAAACGUGUUAUGGGUAUUAUACUUGUCCUUGGUGCCAUACCAGUUGGUCUCGCUGGUCUCGCCCACGAUCUUACCUCUUUUCUAAUUUUACGAUUCUUUAUUGGAGCUCUUGGUGCAACUUUCGUACCUUGUCAAUUUUGGACAAUGCAAAUGUUUGGUCCAAAUGCUGUCGGAAGUGCUAAUGCGAUAGUCGGUGGAUGGGGAAAUAUGGGAGCUGGAGUUACCUAUUUAGUAAUGCCAGUUGUUUUCGAUGGAUUUAAGCACCAUUUCGGCAGUGCUGAUACAGCAUGGCGUGUCACUCUUGUAAUUCCAGCCAUAAUAAUAUUUAUUGUCGGAUUAUGUGAUUUAUUGUUUACUGAUGACUGUCCUCAAGGAAAGUGGGAACAGCGAAAUGAUUAUAGUCAAAACAAUGGCAAUUUACCUGUAAAAGAAGUUCAUGAUGCUACCGAAAAGAAAUCCGAAGUUAUUAAUGAUGUCGAUUCAGAGAAAAACAUAAAAGUUGUUCCACAUGUAAAACCAGGAUUAGAAGCAUAUAUAAGAGCUUUAUUAAAUCCAAAUGUCAUUAUACUUGUGUUUAUGUAUGCAUGCAGUUUUGGUGUAGAAUUGGCUGUAGAUAAUGCUAUUGGAAGUUUCUAUCAUGAACAUUUUCAUCUUACUCAAACAAAAGCCGAUUUAAUUGGAUCAAUCUUUGGUCUUAUGAAUAUAUUCUCACGUGCUUCCGGUGGAUUCAUUUCUGAUAUUCUUUUUUCUAAAUAUUCAAUUAGAGGAAGAUUAUUCUUUCAAUUCUUUAUUUUAUUCUGUGAAGGAGUAUUUUUGGCCGUUUACAAAUAUUCCCUUCACAGUGUACCAGAAUCUAUUAUUAUAUUAGUGUUGUUCAGUUAUUUCGUUCAGGCAUGCUGUGGUACAACAUACGCCAUAGUACCUUUCGUAGAUCCUCCAAUAGUGGGAACUAUUUCAGGAAUAAUAGGUGCUGGUGGAAAUGUUGGAGGCUUGGUAUGGUCCUAUGUAUUCAGAACAUAUACACACGAAACACCUAAAGCAUUUUUCAUAAUUGGAUUAUGUGUUUUAGGAAUUUCAUUUACUACAUUUUUCUUAAAAGUUCAAGGAAGGAUGUUGAUUGAAUUUAAUCGAAAAAAAUAA